AUGAAAAGAGUUGUGUUUUUCACCUUCUAUUUAUCCCACCCAAGACUUUCCUGCUUCUGGUAUGAGUGUUGUAAGCUGGAGCAGCCAUUAAAGGACACAGAAACUGGUAGGACAUUCUUUAUUUCUGUAAUUGUCUGUAAUCCAUUCUUGUCUCUCUCAGCCCUACAUGAAAAUCUGAGGCAGAGAUUCUUUGGGCAGCACUUGGCUCAUAGGGUAAUUGACUGAGCUAUAUUGGGUUUCAAGAAUAAUAAGAAUCCCCAGAAGCCACUGGUCCUCUCACUACAUGGAUGGACUGGCACCGGCAAAAGCUCUGUCAGCAAAAUCAUUGCAGAAUAUCUGUUCAACCUGGGUGCAAAGAGUAAAUGUUUCAAUUUCAUUGUUGCAUCUUACCAUUUCCCUCAUAAGAGCAAGGUUCUGCAGUACAAGUUUUACUUUAUGAGGAAAUACAAUAUAAAAAUAUGUAAAAACACAAACUGUGCAUCUGUUUUACAGGAGCAGCUAAAAUCGUGGAUCCGUGGGAAUGUCACUCAGUGUCCUUACUCCUUAUUUGUAUUUGAUGAGAUAGACAAGAUGCAUUCAGGGCUUAUCGAUGCCAUCAAACCUUUUCUGGAUUAUCAUGACAAUAUAGAUGGGGUGUCCUAUCGAAAAUCUAUAUUUAUUUUACUCAGGUAUGGACUAAAUGGUACUGCAUUAGUCAUGUGCGGGUGGAGUUUUCCACGACCCGCACCCAACCCGACUUCCCUCAAUCCACUCCCGCCGCACAUGACUUCCCAAUGUCACACAUGUUUUUUCGUGAGCAGAAAGCAGUAUGCAAAGUGCCAAAAUAUAAGUAGAAAGCAGUAUGCAAAGUGCCAAAAAAUAAGUAGAAAGCAGUAUGCAAAGUGCCAAAAUACAAGGUUGCAAUUGGGCAUUUUUUUUACACUUUGCACAUUGCGUUCUACUUUUCCUGUAUUGCCGCAGGUCUAUAUGCUCUGUUUUGGCUCUUGGCUUGUCGUUUUUUUUUUUCCUGGUGUCCAAUGCGUAGUCCAUUCCCUAUGCACUUUCUUAUGUAAAAUGUUUUUUCUAAAAAAUUACAGAAAAUGGCAGGAAUUGUAUCAGCUCUGGAAUAAACAUUUCAGCUGA